AUGGCACUCCAUGCAAAGACACGAGGUGGAGCUCUGAUGGAAUACAUCAGAGCUCCCAGGGCGAAGUACACAAUAGUAGGAGAGGCUAUACGUUAUGUCAUCCCUGGACAUAUGCAGUGUUCAAUCGGCUGUGGAGGUCAAGCCUGCAAGUAUGACAACCCGAGUUAUUGGAGUGAUGACCAACAGGCUAUAAAAGGCCUCUACUCCUCCUGGGUUACUGAUCAUCUACUUGCUAUGUCUAGACCCUCGACAGAAAUAAUAGAAAAAUAUAACAUUAUUGAUCAAUUCAGAAGGAAUGGUAUUAAAACAGUGAUCAACCUACAAAUACCUGGUGAACAUGCCAGCUGUGGAAACUCUCUGGAGCCUGAGAGCGGCUUCUCGUACCGCCCAGAGGUCUUCAUGGAAAACAACAUUUACUUCUACAAUUUUGGCUGGAGUGAUUAUGGAGUGGCCAAUCUCACCACAGUGCUGGACAUAGUGAAGGUCAUGGCCUUUUCGCUGCAGGAGGGAAAGACAGCAGUUCACUGUCACGCUGGUCUCGGCAGAACAGGUGUGCUGCUAGCAUGUUUCUUAGCCUAUGCUACCAGGAUGACUGCUAACCAGGCUAUUUUAUAUGUACGUGCUAAACGCCCCGGUUCCAUCCAGACCCGUGGUCAGCUGCGUUGUGUCAGACAGUUUGUUCAGUUCCUUGCCCCUUUGAGGAGCGUGUUUUCCUGUGCCGAGCCUCGAUCCAACCCAGUCACACUGUCCCAGUACCUGAACCGGCAGAGACAUAUACUGCAUGGCUAUGAGAGGAAGGAGCUGAAGUACCUACCAAAGAUUGUCCAGCUAGUGUCUAGACUUCUGUUGGACAUCGCAGAGAAUCGACAGGUGAUUGAGGAGGACAUUCUGGAGGCCCCUGAUAUUCAAGAUAUAGAGAUGACCCUCAGUGUCAUUGAGAAAAUGGGCCCUGAAUUAUUUGAAAAGUCACCCCGCUUACCAGGUAUGCCCACAUUACCCAGACAUUUCAACGAGCCACCAAUCUUCUACCACCGCAAAAGUCUGAGCUACAGUGAGUCCGACUUAAGACGACUGGGAUCAGAGCUCAAUCUCCUUACACGACCCCUUGGACCCCUGUCUCAGAGUAAUGUUGAAAUGUCCAUUUCCCCAACUGAGGCCACUGUCCCUGCAUCCCAGUGUCAAGGUUGGAAUAGCAACACAUCUGACAUCUCAUACAGCUCAACAGGCUCACUGUGGCAACUCAAGAAUGUAGAAAACCAAAAAGAUGGAUCCAUUCUGUUGAAGAAAGGAAAACGGAAAACUAUCCAACGUAGUGAGUCUGUGGGGAACAGUGAGCCUGCCAAAAAGGGUACCAUGUUGUCCAGAUGGAAGGCAGAGAAGAGGGAGGAGUUAGCAAUGAAUGGGAUGAAAUCUCAUGGUAAACAGGAAGAACAAUCAGAGAAGUCAGAGGUGCCCUUUAUCACCCUGCAGUCAGAGUUGUCUCUGGAUGCCAGGAGGUUGCUAGUGGCACAGGCCCUGGCUGUGGACCUUUUUCUUGAUGGGGAAGAGGAGCACAAGAGCGGAGUCUUAGCUUGGCAGACAGAGCUGAACCAAGGUGGUGCGUGGGAGAGGCUCUGUAUGGAGCGGGAUCCCUUCAUCCUCACUGGGCUCAUGUGGUCUUGGUUGGAGCAGCUUAAGGAGCCAGUCAUCUCUACUCAGGAUGCCAAAGCCCUGAACCCCGACAACACUGAUGCUCAAACUGUCCUCAACACGCUCGACCAGGCUCCUAAAGAAACAUUAACAUGCAUACUAGACUGUAUGGCUCAUAUGCUGACGAUACCAGAAGAGGUUGAAAAUGCAUUCCUGGAUCGUACUAUCAAGGCUUUCACAUGGAUGGGAAAUGACUCAGAGGAUGGGAGCAAAGUGUACGAGUCCAUGACUCCAGUCCUAAGGUGUGUCCUAGAGGACAUGAGAUGUAAGGCAAUUGAAGCAGAUGAGAUGUCUACGUCUCCCUUUGUUUUAACAUAGGUACU